AAACAACACGGUAAACUGCAACUGGCGAGGAGCUUAAAAAAUUAUUUUUUUUCCUGAACUUGAACUUUUGGUGCGGCACUAAAUUUUAUCAGUUGCAUUAAUUCAAAUUAAGAAGCUUGGUUGGAGCCAAAAAAGUGGAAAUAAUUUUAUUAAAAACUUUUCAUACCUAACUUAAAGAUAGUAAAUUUUCAGACUCAAAUGAAUAUUAAGUGCUUAUCGCGGAAAUACAUCUUAUUUAUAUGCUCGCAUGCAGUAUAAAAAUCUUGUGAAUUAAACCGCUGAACGACAAUCUCUCUUGCAUGCAUGUAUGAGCUUUAAUGUCUAUCUUGGAUAUUAAAUAACAAGUUAAAUAGUGAAUGCAUAACAGUUGCAAUUUCUAACGUACGAAAAAAAAGUGAAAUCAUGGAACUAACAUUGAGAAUUUAUGGCAUAAUAAAUAAAAUAAUAAAUUAUUUGCUCGCGCCAUUUCUUUACCUCUAUUUUGACAUUUUUGGUAAGAAUGGAAAAGUCCCCCCGCUGAAAAAUCCAAUUUUGGAAAUAUCUGCAGUAGAUCUUGCAGAAAAAAUUCGAUCACGAGAGUUCUCAUCUGAAAAAGUUGUACGAGAAUACAUAAAGCGUAUCCGAGAAGUUGAGCCCUUUUUGAAUGCUGUAGUUGAAAAUCGAUUCGAUGAUGCAAUAAAGGAUGCUAAGCGUGCUGAUAAGAUUAUUGAGGAAGCGUCGUUAAUUUAUAUCAUUGAAAACUACCCAUUACUUGGUGUACCAUUUACAGUAAAGGAGAGUAUAGCUGUAAAAGGUUUAUUGCAUGGCACAGCAACAAUAUCAAGGAAGGGAAUGAGAGCUGACAAGGAUGCAAUUGUGGUUGAAAAAUUGCGAGCUGCCGGUGCCAUUCCACUACUCGUCUCGACAACGCCCGAAUAUUGUGUCACUUGGGAGUGCAAUAAUUAUGUAAGUGGAAGAACAUUGAAUCCACACAAGUUGAGUACGUCGCCUGGGGGAAGUUCGGGUGGCGAAGCUGCACUUAAUGGUGCUGGAGCAUCAUGUUUUGGAAUUGGAUCAGAUAUCGCUGGAUCAAUUAGAGUGCCAAGUCAUUUUGUUGGAAUAUUCGGUCAUAAGCCAACAUCGGGUAUUAUAAGCAUUGAUGGACAUUUUCCAACAUCGAUGGAUAAAAGCUUUCUCAAAUUUCUAACGAUUGGUCCAAUGUGUCGUUAUGCAAAGGAUUUACCGACUUUAACAUAUUUGAUGGCAAAUGAAAAUUGCCGUUCUCAGUUGCGCUUAGACCAACCUAUCCAUACGAAAGACAUCGACAUUUAUUAUCAAACAUCAGCAAGUGAAUUUUCGUUGAGUUUAUGGAAUGUCGAUGAGUUAAUUCAACGUCGAAUGCUUGAAGCUGUGUCACACUUUAAAUCCAAUGGACUGAAUGUGAAACGACUCAAUCCUAGUUACAACGAUCAUCAUCAACAUGGUGAUUUCAUUGAUAUGAAUGAUUCGUUGGAAAUUUCAAUUUGUUCAUUAUGUGAUGUAGACGAUAUACCCGAUUUGCUUUCGAAUGAUAAAACGAGUCCUCGAAAAGAUCUCUGGAAUGAACUUUUAAAAUCAAUGUUCGGAUUGUCGGAGUACACAUACGCUGCCUUAUAUUUUUAUGUAUUGCAUGCAACGAAUGGCUUCAUACCAAAAUCACGAAAAGAGCAUUAUGUCAAAAAAGGUAAAGUUCUGCGAGAAAAACUUAUCAAUAAACUUGGAACAAAUGGUGUGCUGUUCUACCCAACCUUCCCACAAAGCGCCUUCCGGCAUGGCGAAUCAACAACAAAAUUGAGCGGUGUCAUGUACACAGCAUUCUUUAAUAUCAUGGGAUUUCCAUCAACACACGUGCCGAUGGGUAUGGAUGAGAGUGGACUUCCAAUUGGCUUUCAGGUUAUUGCGGCACCAUAUCAGGACAGAAAUUGCUUUGCUAUUGCUUGUGAAAUUGAAGCUGCAUUUGGUGGAUGGAAAUUUUGAUGCAAUCAUCGAGCUGUUUUGUCUCGAAUGUUAAACUCUAUUUUAUUUUUGUAUGAAAUGUCAAAAUAA